AUGGCAGCAGACAUAUUAAUGAUGGACUCUUUUGUGGACUAUCUAGAGGCAGAGUUAAUCAGAGACAAGAAAUCUUGGAUAAACGAGAAAAACAGCGAAGUAUUAUUCAUAGCAUUACAAAUAUCUCGUUGCAAGGAAUUAGUAUCUUUAUGUAAUGACGCGAUAUUAAGGCAUCCGAAGGUUUUCGUCAGUUCUAAAGAAUUCCUGUUCAUGCCGCAUGACUAUAUGAUCGGUCUAUUGGAACGAGAUAUAUUAGGGUUAGACGAAGUCGACAUUUUUGCAGCUGUGGUAAUGUGGGGCAUCAACAAUACACCGGGAAUUUCAUUAACGGACGAUUUUUCAACGUGGACAACUGAUAACAUCACCACAUUACAAUCCAACGUAAUUCAGCUAAUAUCAUUGGUAAGGUUUUUCCAUAUGCCACCGGACGAUUUCAUCAAAAAGGUUGGACCGCUGACAAAGGUUUUCGCUCCGGAACUAUAUGAUCAAGUUAUCGAAUAUCAUUCUAAAACCCAAUUCCAAUUUAUAUACGACGUAUUACCCUUGCGUUUUAAUUCAACAAUAAUUAAGGAGAAGGAGGAGCCAGCAUUGAUUUCCUAUUGGAUAAGUCACCCAGAAACCGAAUGCGACCUUCCGGAGAAUCCACCAUUCACAUCUUUUGACAAAAUACCUUUUGACUUUCAUUUAAUUUUUCGCUGUCACGGCAACGAAUUGGCGGAAGCAAAAUGGAGGGAUUUGUGUUACAAUCAAGGUCCAACGAUGACGAUAAUUAGAACAAAAAAUCAAAACGAGGAUGAAGCAGUAUUUGGAGGGUACAAAUCGAUCAGUUGGUCAACCGAAAACCGAAACACUCAUAUUGGUGGCGACGGCUUCAUAUUUGGAUACCUGUGGCAGCAACGAAAGCUACUUCUGCCUUGGAUGCUCCGAGUGAGAAAUCAUCUUGAUGCAGAUAUGUUUCUGGGGGAUGGAGUUGAAGUAUUUAUUGAUUUUCGUCAUGGUGAAAAGUUGUUGGCUCACGCCAAUGGAUUUGAAGAUUUGGAGGAAACAAUCGAAGAGUUGGAAGUCUUUCGAGUAGUAAAAAAAGCAAUGGAUGAUGGGUGA